AUGGAGACACCGGAAGGCUUGACCCCAGCAGCUACCAGCGCGCAGAGUGAGAAGCACACUCAAGCACUCCAAGCAACCACGAACGACGUAGCCCGCGAGGCCACCGUCGAGCAGCGCGUCGGUGCCAUAGAGAAGCGGGAGCGACAUAUCCGCCGCAGCCCACAGAAAGCACAGGAGCUCGCACAAGAUCCGCAACAUCCCGAUCGUGUCCUGAUGGAUAUGGAGCGGGCUUACUACAAGUCUCCAACUGAAUUCGAGAAGAGCAUCAAGCCUGGCGAGAUUGAAGACUUGAAGCGACAGGUCCGGAAUGCGAAGGCUCAAGGUAAGUCAUGAUUGGAGAUUCAUUGUCCAAUUCUCGUCAGCUAAUAUUGAAUGACUGCACAGCCGAUCGACUAUCGCGCCAGCACGAGGCACUCAUCCAAGAGCACAACCACAUCCAGCGGAAGUACGAUACCUCGAAGCUCGACCACAAGAAGACGAAGCGCGAUCUGGGCGACGAGAUCGUCCGCCUGACCAAGCUAAAUGAUAAGCAGCAAGACCAACUUCGCUCCACACAAAACAAUCUCGAAGCCAAGCGUCUUGAGGUCUUGAAUGUGAGAAUGCGGAACUCGGAGCUCGAGACCCGAAAUGCGUUCCUCGAGAGCGAACGUCUCCGAUUUCGUGGCUCUAUCAACGAUAGCAAGAUAGAAGGGCACGGCCGCCAAUCGAGCCUCAUUCCGGUGCCCGCGGCUUACAAGUCUACGGGCCCCUAUCCAGAGGCUGCGACUCAUCACUACGCACAGUCGACCGUGUCAUCACGCGCUCGCGCUGGCUCCCACUCUGUGAACAUCGAAGUGGAACCUGCUCGUCCAUCUACGCUGCUCGGCAUUGGACGCAAGCUCUUCGCCUCCAUUGCAACGGCCAGCGGCAUCCCUCGACCUCGACCAGUCGGCGUAGUCACCAUCUCAGACACGUCUUCGCCCGCCGACUCGACUGCCAUGUCGGAUCUCACUCUACCAUCGCCAGCACUGGAGGCUUCGCCAGUAUUCCCACUCGCCGCACCAGAGCCCAUCCGUCCCAGCAAGCGCACGCUCUCACCUGCUCUCCACAAAAUGAUGGACCGCAUCACAUCUCCUGCCGCAUCGGACGCCUCCUCCGUUUCCCCAGGUCCAGAGAUGACACAAGGCUACUACGGCAAGGAAGAUUACCUCGCCCGCGGACCAAUGCCUUCCGCUCCACUUUUCGUCACACCAGAAUUGCCAUUCGCACGCGCUGUCGGGGAAGGAAUCUAUCGUCCAGCUCCACCAAAGAACAUGACGCCACUCACCCGCCAAUCGUCCACGAUCGAGUACGUUCGCCCGUCGCUGGCUCGCAAGGCGUCUUACGCUUCCGUCGACGACGAUGGGGAUGUCUGGCACAGCGAUAACCGCAGCAUGGUCGACGACAUUGAAGAGGAAGAGCAAGUGCCCGAAGAGAAGUAUUCACAGGGGUUCAAGCGCGCUAUCAAAGCUUCCUGGCCGUAUUUGAAACCGGAGGAUCGGAAGAUCUACAGCAAGGCGUUCUUGUAA